AUGAACCCAUUUUUCGGAAAACGCUUUGACUCCUCGCCGCUUCUGCAGGACCCAAACUUUCAGAUACUCGCCCGUAUGCCAAUCGAGGUGGUUACGCGGGUAUUGGGCUUCGUGCCGGUGUACUACCUCCCGCUGUUUCUCGGCUCGCGGGAUUUUCGAGACACCGCAAUCAAGAUCUACCUGUCCAACAUUGUCAUCAAUGAUGCCAUUCCGAUGAACAAGCAAGGCGUCUACGACGGUGCCGAUGAAGCAGUGGCCAACUACAUGAACACCACGACGUUUACGUCUUUUGCCAGAAACAGGGACUACACGGCUGCCCCCUUGGGCCUAGGCCAGGUGUAUCUCCAGGAACGAGGCUUUUUGCCGUUCCUGAAGGUUGCAAUGGAGCGGCUUUCUCAGUUCAAAGAGCUCAGGGUUACCAUCGAGGCCCGUGAAAACCCCGUAGUGUUGAGCCGAAUGGCGUGUUUGGACAACAUCCGGAGCCUCGAUUUAACAUGUUCGGACGUCGAUUGGGCCGAUUUCCGCCUCCCAGAACGGCUUGAAUCUCUCACUGUGUGUCUUUUUGACGACACCUUUUCCGAGUUUCACUCCAGCUUGAGCCUUCCGCGGACCCUCAAAAAUUUAUCCCUCGCGGGAGUGAACUGCACCAAGGUCUUGUAUGACCGGUUGCCUCCGUUUCUCGAGACGUUAGCAGUGGGCGAAAAUGCGGACUUUUCCGUCUCGGAAUUCAACCGAACCUCCUUUCCGGCCAGCUUGACAAGACUCCAUUUGCACGGAACGGGCUUUGCCAGCUCCCACUUGGAGGGCUUGGUGUUGCCACCCACGGUGCACACGUUAAAGAUUGAAGGAUACAACCAGGAUGUGGUUACGGGAUUAGCCCUUCCUCCAAGUGUAAAAGAGUUCAUCCUCAAGCUGUGCUCCCUUAAGGAGUUACACAUGGACUUCUCUGAGGGUUUGGAAACGGUUCGUAUUGCCGAUUGCCCCAACUUUACCCCCAUUCUCGACCACUUAGCGUUCCCCCAGUCGCUCAGAUCCUUGACUCUUUACCGCUGCCAGCUCACCAACCUCAAUUUUGUGGGCAGGUUACCCAACGCCGUGCAGCAUCUCGAUUUGCGCAAAUGCACUGCCGGGUUCCUCAACUACCGGACCGAAUACGUUCCGCUUGACCUGCCGUCCAGUCUACACUUUCCCGACUCACUUAUAACCCUCCAGCUCAGCUCCAACCCCUCGCUCUUUCACAUGUACGACUUCAAGGCAGUGACCUUGCCCCUUAAGCUUGCACACUUGGACGUUUCGCUCACCGGGAUUCGGGACUUGAACGGGGUAUCGUUUCCGAAGGGGAUCCGCAGGUUGUACACGGGAGAUAAUCCUGUUCAUUUGCGAAAACGUCACCGCAGGGCCUCGUCGGUCUCGUCUGUGGGUUCUGAUUAUUGA